UUUCUUGUUUUUUUUUUUUUGAGAUUUUACUACAAAUUUUGUUAUUUGAAGUUAACAUCAAGUUAUUGAUUUUGGGAAGCAUUUUUUGAGAUAUAAUUUGAAGAUGGUGGGAUUCAAGUUUAAAUCUUGUGGAAAAUUGAAGAUGACGGGGUUCAAGUUUAAGUCAAGUGGAUUCAUCUUUGUGUUCAUUUUGCAUUUCUUGGUGAUGAUUGCAGCUGCAAAAGUUACUGAUCCUUCUGAAAUAUCUGCAUUGCUAGCGGUUAAAGGUAGUUUAGUUGAUCCAAUGAAUCAUCUUAGUAAUUGGAAUAAAGGAGAUCCAUGUACAUCAAACUGGACUGGUGUCUUAUGUGUCCAUAAAAACCGAGUUGAUAAAUACUGGCAUGUUCAAGAAAUACAACUGCUAAAUAUGAAUCUUUCAGGAAGUUUAGUUCCCGAACUUGGUCAAUUUUCUCAUUUGACAAUUUUGGAUUUCAUGUGGAAUAACUUGACUGGCAGUAUACCAAAAGAGAUUGGAAAUCUUUCAUCUUUAGUACUAUUGCUUUUGAACGGAAACAAGUUAACUGGAAGUUUACCGGUUGAGCUUGGAUAUCUAGUGAACUUAGACAGAUUCCAAAUAGACCAGAAUCACAUAUCAGGACAAAUUCCCAAGUCAUUUGCAAAUUUGAACAAUAUUAAACAUAUCCAUUUUAACAAUAACUCGUUGAGUGGUCAGAUUCCUGCAGAACUUUCCAACUUAUCUACUCUAAUGCACCUGCUUUUGGAUAACAACAACUUAUCUGGGUAUCUUCCAUCAGAAUUUGGAAAAUUUCCAGGCAUGCGCAUACUUCAACUUGAUAACAAUCACUUUGAGGGUGAGAUCCCUUCUUCAUAUGGAAAUCUAUCAGGAAUUGUAAAAAUAAGCCUUAGAAACUGUAGUCUGCAAGGAGUUAUACCUGACCUUAGCAGACUUUCAGAUCUUAGCUAUUUAGAUCUCAGUAGAAAUAGGCUCACUGGAUCAAUACCAUCAUAUAAACUUUCAAACAGUAUGACAACUAUUGAUUUAUCAGAUAACCAAUUGAGUGGAUCUAUACCUGAAAGUCUAUCAGAUCUCCCUUCUCUUCAGAAACUGUCCUUGGAGAACAAUCUUCUUAAUGGUUCCAUCUCUGCUGAGCUAUGGCAGAACAAGUCGUUUAGUGCUACCGCGAGACUUCUACUUGAUUUCCGAAAUAACUCCCUUUCAAAUAUAAAUGGAGCUCUAAACCCGCCUGUAAAUGCCAGCCUAAGGUUAAAUGGAAAUCCAAUUUGUCAAAAUUCAAACAUACAAAACAAAGAUAAAUUUUGUGGAACUACAGAUUAUGGUGAUUACACUCGGGACAAUUCAAAAAACUCAACUGUGUGUCCAGUCCAAUCAUGUCCCACAAGCAAUUACUUUGAGUAUGCUCCAGGAUCCCCAACCCCAUGCUUUUGUGCUUCACCUCUAAGGAUUGGCUAUCGGUUAAAAAGUCCAAGUUUCUCUUAUUUUCGACCGUAUCAAGAUGAAUUUGAAAUUUAUAUCACCAAAUCUCUUGGUUUGGACCCUUAUCAACUGUCUAUUGACUCGGUUAUGUGGGAGAAGGGACCUCGUUUGAGGAUGUUUUUGAAACUUUUCCCCAAGAGUGGCUCUGAGCUUUCAAGUACUUUUAGUACCAGUGACGUGUUGCGAAUCAGGGGCAUUUUUACGACUUGGGUAUUUCCCGGAAGCCACUUUUUUGGACCCUAUGAGCUUCUGAAUUUUACUCUUCUGGGACCUUAUGCACACUUAAAUGUUGGAACUCCAAGGAAAGGCAUAAGAAAAGGUGUUUUAGUAACUGUUGUAAUUGUAGCAGUUGUUUGUGCUUUAUUGAUUUCUUCAAUACUGACCGUUGUGAUCAAGAAACGAAAUGAGAGAUACAAGCACACAUCAUCAAGAAAAGCUUUGCUCUCAAAACUUUCCGUCAACCUUGAUGGUGUCAAAAGCUUCACAUUUCGAGAAAUGGCAAUCGCGACUGAAAACUUUAGUAAAUCAAGUGUCAUUGGCCGAGGAGGUUAUGGGAAGGUUUAUAAAGGAAAAUUAUCGGAUAACAAAAUGGUAGCCAUAAAACGCGCUGAAGAAGGAUCGUUACAAGGUGAAAAGGAAUUUUUGACAGAGAUAGAGAUUUUGUCGAGAGUACAUCACCGAAAUUUAGUCUCACUUGUGGGAUACUGCGAUGAGGAAAAGGAGCAGAUGCUGGUCUAUGAGUUCAUUCCUCGGGGAACAUUGCGUGAUUGGCUUAAUGCCAAAUCUGGAGAAUCAUUGAGCUUCAGGAUGAGGUUAAAUGUGGCAUUGGAUUCAGCCAAAGCCAUCCUUUAUCUUCACACUGAAGCCGACCCACCUAUAUUCCACCGUGAUAUCAAAUCAAGCAACAUUCUUCUUGACGCCAAACUCACUGCCAAAGUUGCUGAUUUUGGACUCUCGAGGCUUGCACCUAUAUUGGAUGAUAAUGGAGCCGGGCCUAAGUACGUAUCAACACUUGUUAGAGGAACACCAGGUUACCUUGAUCCUGAAUACUUGUUGACCCAUAAGCUGACUGACAAGAGUGACGUAUAUAGCCUUGGAAUCGUACUUUUGGAGAUCUUGACCAGCAUGAAACCAAUAUCACAUGGCAAAAAUAUUGUCCGUGAGGUGAAAAUAGCUCAUCAAAUGGGAACAAUGUUCUCAAUCGUAGAUAGCAGAAUGGGUUCAUACCCUUCUGAAUGUAUUGAAAAGUUCGUAUCUUUAGCUCUUUGGUGUUGCAAUGACAAGCCUGAAAAAAGGCCAUCUAUGUCAGAUGUGGUUCGGGAGCUUGAGCACAUACUUGAAAAAAUGCCUGAAACUGGUGAUGACUUUUCAGAGCCCGACUCAAAGUCAUUUGCGGAAUCAUCGUCGACGUCUUCUUUUUAUAGCUCGUCAAAUGUUCCAGGAAGUGAUCUUAGCAGUGGUGGUAACCCUGUAGUCCAUCCUCGUUGAUACACGGCAAAGUUUUGCACCAAGAAUAGUAUUACGAAGUUGUAUAUUUGUAUAGACAGACAGGAUAAAAAGCAGUUCCCUGUACAUUAAAACCCAGUAGAGAAAUUUUGUACACGUAAUAAAGAGUCAAAUGUAAGAUUGUACUUUAUCCUUGCUUUCAAAAUGAAUACAUGUACAAAAGCUUAUUUAAUAUAUUCCAGUUUCUUUCUUCUA